GUGCGGAGGGACGGUCGGCUCGCGGAAUACAGCCUUGCAGCUGGAAGAAGAAAGGAGAGGCAAAUGGAGAGCCGCUGCAGAAUGACGGAAAACACUGGAUGAUGAGGCUGUGAAAGGGCUAAUAGACAAUUAUAAUUAUGUACAGGCAAUGAAUACACCAGCGUGGUAGUAGAUUAUAUGAUUUAUCAGACUUGAAUUUGCACCGCGUUGGCUUAACCCUUUGUAGCCAGGUGAGAAAUAACAGCUGGGCUCCUACCUCCUCCUCUCUUCGGCAAUAACGGAUUAAACGGAGACAGGAGAUGAGCUGCGUCCGUGACGCCGCCUGGACGCAAUCCGGGGACCGACCGGGAGACGUCGUCGCACCGCCGCCCCACUUUUAGAUGGCGCCCACAUUUGGGGUGCACUCGGAAUACAGGUGUCAGGGAAGUGUCGUCACGAACCCCGGAAGGCGUGAGCCGCUUCAGCGGAGAGCAAGAUGGCAGCGAAAUCCGAUGGUCGGGGGGUCAUCCGGGGAUUCGCCCAGCUGCACAACCUGGACGAGGUGGUGGGGACCGGCGAGGGCGACCCGAGGGAAGGCAGCUCCUUUCACAUCUGCCACUGCUGCAACACCUCGUCCUGUUACUGGGGCUGCCGGAGCGCCUGUCUGCAUUACCUCCGAGGCAAGGGGAAGGGGAGAGGCGGAGGAGGAGGAGGGGACACAGUGCUGGGGCGGCCGCCACGGGAAGAGCGCCUCUGGCUGGACUGUCUGUGGAUCAUCCUGGCCCUGUUCGUGUUCUUCUGGGACGUGGGGACGGACCUGGCGCUGGCCAUCGACUACUACCACAAGCAUGACUACCUCUGGUCCGGACUCACCCUCUUCUUGGUGCUGGUGCCCUCGGUGCUGGUCCAGAUCCUGAGCUUCAGGUGGUUCGUGCAGGAUUACACCGGGGGUGGUCUGGGCUCUGUGGAAGGGCUGAGCAACCAGAGAGCUACGGCAGGGCUGAGUGCACAGGGAAGGGAAAGGUGCUGCCUGCUCUCUGUGUGGCUGUGGCAGACCCUCAUACACAUCUUCCAGAUGGGACAAGUAUGGAGGUACAUCCGUACCAUGUACCUGGGCAUCCAGAGUCAUCGUCGGAAGGAGAACCAGAGGAGGUUCUACUGGGCCAUGAUGUAUGAGUACGCUGACGUCAACAUGCUACGUCUGCUGGAGACCUUCCUGGAGUCAGCUCCUCAGCUGGUCCUGCAGCUCUGUAUCAUGAUCCAGAGAAACCGGGCCGAGACCCUGCAAUGUAUGUCUGUGCUGGCCUCUCUGCUGUCUCUGUCCUGGGUGCUGGCCUCCUAUCACAAGCUCUUGCGUGACUCCCGUGACGACAAGAAGAGUCUGAGCUACCGUGGGGCCCUGGUACACCUGUUCUGGCGUCUCUUCACCAUCUCUUCCCGGGUCCUCUCCUUCGCCCUGUUCGCCUCCGUGUUCCAUCUCUACUUCGGCAUCUUCGUGGUGCUGCACUGGUGCGCCAUGGCCUUCUGGGUAAUCCACGGUGGCACCGACUUCUGCAUGUCCAAGUGGGAGGAAGUCCUGUUUAACAUGGUUGUGGGCGUGGUCUAUGUGUUCUGCUGGUUCAACGUGAGAGAGGGUCGGACGCGCUACCGUAUGGUCACCUACUACACCGUGGUGCUACUGGAGAACGCCGUGCUCACCGCGCUCUGGUACGCCUACCGCGACCCCGCCACCACCGACGCCUACGCCGGCUCCGCCCUCUGCAGCGUCUUCCUGUGCUACGCCUCGGGCGUGGCCUGCAUGGUGCUGUAUUACGGGGUGCUGCACCCCAUGGGCCCAGGGCUCCGGGUCCUGGCCUCGUCCUGCUGCGCUGAACUGCUGUGGGGGCUUCCCCUGCCCCCUGAGGCCGAACCCAUGGCCCCCACCCCGGGUCCCAGAGGCUCCCAGGCCACCCCGACACGGGCCAUGGCAGGGGACUAUGAAGGAGAAUAUGAAGCGGCUACCUGUCUGCCUGUGUUCCAGGUGAGGUCCACGGAGCCGGUGGACGCGGCCGGGAGACCCAUCCGGCCAGAGGGGCCCCUCAUAAAGAUAGACAUGCCCAGAAAGCGCUACCCGGCCUGGGACGCACACUUUGUGGACCGGCGACUGCGCAGGACCAUAAACGUACUGCAGUACAUCAGCCCCAACGCGGUGGGCAUCAGGUAUAGGGAUGGACCUCUUCUCUAUGAGUUACUGCAGUACGAGUCCUCUCUCUGAAGGAAAACUCUCCUUCCUUCCUUCCUACUCUCUCUCUCUAUCUGUCUCUCUCUCUCUCUCUCUCUCUCUCUCUCUCUC